GAUUGUUGGGACGGUGGCCGUGAGGAGCCAGUCAGUGUGAGACGUGUCUCUCCUUAGGCUGCACAUCCCAUCAUGGCUCCCAAAGGCACCAGCAAACAGCAAAGCGAGGAAGACCUCUUACUGCAGGACUUCAGCCGCAACCUCUCGGCUAAAUCGUCUGCUCUUUUCUACGGCAAUGCCUUCAUCGUGUCCGCCAUCCCGAUCUGGUUGUAUUGGAGGAUAUGGCAUAUGGACCUUGUGCAGUCGGCUGUUCUAUACACCGUGAUGACGCUGGUCAGCACUUACCUUGUAGCUUUCGCUUACAAGAAUGUCAAAUUUGUUCUUAAACAUAAGGUGGCCCAGAAACGAGAGGAUGCAGUUUCUAAAGAGGUAACGCGCAAGCUGUCUGAAGCCGAUAACAGAAAGAUGUCAAGGAAGGAGAAAGAUGAAAGGAUUCUGUGGAAGAAAAACGAAGUUGCCGAUUAUGAGGCUACCACUUUCUCCAUUUUCUACAAUAACAGCCUGUUCCUAGUAGUGGUCAUCGUUGCUUCAUUCUUCCUGCUGAAGAACUUCAACCCUACAGUGAACUACAUUUUAACUAUUAGUGCAUCCUCUGGUUUGAUCGCUCUGCUGUCAACAGGAUCCAAGUAAAUAUUUUGAACCGUGAACAACUUACUUUCUACAUCAACUUUUUCUGUAAACUUUUUUUU